CGGCUCCUCCCGCCGCGGCGCCUGCAGCCGCAGUGACAGGCGAUCCCGGCCUGGUGGCGGAGAGGAAGUGCUGGGCCGCCGCGCAGAGCCCGUCCCCGCCGAGGCCGGCUCCCCCGGUCGGCUCGGGUGACAGUGUCGCGGCCGCCGGGCAAAGCCGAGCGCCAGGGAGAGGCUUCAGCAGAGACGCGGGGAAAAUGGCUGAUGACUUUGGCUUCUUCUCUUCGUCGGAGAGCGCGGUCCCCGAGGCGGCCGACGAGGACCCAGCGGCUGCCUUCCUGGCCCAGCAGGAGAGCGAGAUCGCAGGCAUAGAGAAUGACGAAGGCUUCGGGGCACCUGCUGGCAGCCAGGUGGCCUCCGCGCAGCUGGGACUCGCGAGUGGGGCUGGUUCUGAGGACAUGGGGACCACGGUGAAUGGAGAUGUGUUUCAGGAGGCUAACGGUCCCGCCGACGGCUACUCUGCGAUUGCCCAGGCUGACAGGCUGACUCAGGAACCCGAGAGCAUCCGCAAAUGGAGAGAGGAGCAGAGGAAGCGGCUGCAAGAGCUGGAUGCUGCUUCUAAGGUGACAGAACAGGAGUGGCGGGAGAAAGCCAAGAAGGACCUGGAGGAGUGGAACCAGCGCCAGAGUGAACAAGUUGAGAAGAAUAAGAUCAACAACCGGAUCGCUGACAAAGCAUUCUACCAGCAGCCAGAUGCUGAUAUCAUCGGCUACGUGGCAUCUGAGGAGGCCUUUGUGAAGGAAUCCAAGGAGGAGACCCCAGGCACAGAGUGGGAGAAGGUGGCCCAGCUGUGUGACUUCAACCCCAAGAGCAGCAAGCAGUGCAAAGAUGUGUCCCGCCUGCGCUCAGUGCUCAUGUCCCUAAAGCAGACGCCGCUGUCCCGCUAGGUGCCUCCCAUAAGCAUGGCCACAAAGCAUGGGCUGGGCCUGGGCAGAGGAGGAGCAGCUGCUCUGGCCAGGGUGGAAAUCUCCUCCAGCAGCUGCUACGCACAGCCUAUUGCGUUCCUCCCCAUCUUCUGGGGCUGGGAAGGGGCAUCCUCACCCUUUUUGCCCCUUACUCCCUCCUGGCCCUGUGGUCCAGCCCCUCCCACCUCCUCAGUCCACUCAAUUGUGACUGUCCCUCCUGAUGUAUUUUUUUCUUGGCUUAAAGGGUGUGUUGUUAACUCUU